CUCAUAUUUAAAAUGGCAAAUAGUCAACACAGCUCGUGGUAAACGAUGGAGUUGCCGAUUCACGCAUUAAUUUGGCUGUCCGGCAGAUGGAGCUGCAUCACUAUAAAACCUAGUCCAAUACCGCUGCCAUGCCGAUAUAAUCAUCGAGCAUUACCGAUGCAAUGAUCCUACUCCUGUGCAUCGUCGUCCUUCCGGUCGUGCUCCUCCUCCUCCUACUAUCCUCCAAGCAGCACGGGAAAUGCUACAUCAGCGGCAGUCCGCUCCCUCCCGGGCCACCAUGGCCACGGCUCCCACUUCUCGGGAACCUCCUGUACCGCUGCCUCACAAUCGCCUCCCUCGCCGUUGCGCUUCGGCGCCUCCACGCGGCCUACGGCCCCGUCGUCACCCUCUGGGCGGGCGGCAGGCCGGCCAUCUUCAUCUCCGGCCGUGACGCCGCGCACCGCACCCUCGCCCGCGCGGGGGCCACCUUCGCGCACCGUCCGCCGUCGUGGUCCUUCGGGUUUAACGGCCACAGCGUCAACAGCGCCCAGUACGGUGGCCGCUGGCGCCUUCUCCGUCGCAACCUCAGCUGGCACCUUGCAGGGGCGCCUCUCGCCGUCCCACUGCAAGCUUCUCUCGGUAAGCUUGCUUCGAGCCUCGAGCGUGCGGCGGCGGCGGCGGCGGCGGCGGAGAACCACGUUAUUGUGCCAUCCGAAAUGCUCCGACACGCCGUGUUCUGCUUCUUCGCCUCGCUUUGCUUCGGCGAGGGGGUGGCGGAGGACGUGCUCACGCAGCUACGAGGAGUCCACGCCGAGAUACUGUCCCUCGUCGUUGAGCUCGGCGCGUUCCAGCUCAUGCCCGCGCUCCUCGAGGUCGCGUGCUACUUCCCUAGGUUCCGGAAGCUAUCCAACGCCCAGAAGAGGCACCGUGCUACUGUCAUGGCUCUCAUCAGUGCUCGCCGACAACGAGACGGCGAUGGUGUCGGCGCAGAGCGCCGCCGGUGCUACGUCGACACGCUCCUGGAGCUAAGGCUCCAAGACGAGGAGAUGGUGAGCCUGUGCUGGGAGUUCAUGAACGGUGCCGCCAAGACGACUUCCACGGCGCUCGAGUGGAUCAUGGCACGUCUUGUGCUCCACCAGGAUAUACAACGGAGGUUACGGAAAGACGUCGCCAGGAGAGGGGAACUCGACGAGAAGUGUAGGGCGGAUGGCGAGCGGCGGAGUCCGUUCGUUGAGGCCGUGGUGCUCGAAGCGCUGCGUCGCCACCCCCCGGCGCACUACCUGCUGGCGCACACGACGGACAAGGACGUCUACCUCGACGGCUACGUGAUACCAAAGGGCUCUGUCGUCAACUACGGCGUGGCUGAUAUCGGGCGCGACGCGGCGUCGUGGACGAACCCCGACGAGUUCUUGCCUGAACGGUUCUUGGAGGGUGGAGAAGGAUACGGCUUUUCUGUUACCGCCGGCAGAGGGAGCGGCGAGGAGUCGAUGAAGAUGAUGCCUUUCGGGAGCGGGCCGAGGGCGUGCCCUGGCGCCAGUGUCGCUGUGACCGUGCUGAAAUCCUUCGUCGAAAAUCUGGUCACGUGGUUCGAGUGGACACCGGUUGGAGCGGUGGACAUGGAAGACAAACCAGGGAUUGUCACCGAGAUGAGGACGCCGUUACGCACUUGUUUGAUGGUGAGACAGCACGUACACCUGAAUAUAUAAAAUGAUAGCGUAGCAGGGCAUCGAUCAACGUCUUGUUAACAGCAUCUUCAAAAACCGCGCUUCGGCCCGUGUAAAAAACCUGUUUGCCACGCGUUC